GCAGUCGUUUGUGAGCGUUCGCAGCGCAAGGUACUCUUCAAGUUUCCUGGCGCAUUUGAACCAUAGGUGUGACUGAACAGCACAAGUUGCAGUUGCAGCCAAGAGGCAAAAGCAAAGUGCUUAAACAAACAAACCGAAACAUAGACACAGUUCAAGUGUAAACGAGUCACAACAACAACAACAACAACAAAAAGAAAAAGAAAAGCCAAAAGCUCAUAAAGAAAAAGAUAAACACCAAACAACAAACAACAAAUUAAGAACCGUUCGAAACUAAACGAGAGCUAAAAAGGCAAACGAAAGCCAAAAAGUUCUCAAAAUGUGCGUCUCGCUGCGUCGUUAUUUGUUGCUGCAGAGCCUUUGGGCCGCCGUCGUCCUUUUUGGCACUGUCCAGGGUGCCUCGCCGCGCUGGGAGCCACAGAUAGCCGUGCUCUGCGAAGCCGGACAAAUCUAUCAGCCGCAAUAUCUAUCUGAGGAGGGUCGCUGGGUAACAGAUCUUAGCAAGAAGACAACGGGCGCCACAUGUUUGCGUGAUAAAAUGGAUUUGCUUGAUUACUGCAAGAAGGCCUACCCAAAUCGAGACAUAACGAACAUUGUGGAAUCAUCGCACUAUCAGAAGAUUGGCGGUUGGUGUCGUCAGGGUGCUCUAAAUGCGGCCAAGUGCAAGGGAGCCCAUCGCUGGAUCAAGCCAUUCCGUUGCCUGGAAGGACCAUUCCAAUCGGACGCGCUGCUGGUGCCCGAGGGCUGCCUCUUCGACCACAUACACAAUGCGUCCCGUUGCUGGCCGUUCGUCAGAUGGAAUCAGACUGGUGCCGCCGCUUGCCAGGAGCGUGGCAUGCAAAUGCGCAGCUUUGCCAUGCUGCUGCCCUGCGGCAUCUCACUCUUCUCUGGCGUCGAAUUCGUAUGCUGCCCCAAGCACUUCAAGACCGAUGAGAUACGUGUAAAGAAGACCGAUAUUCCGGUGAUGCCACCAGCGCAGCUAAACAGCGCCAACGAGGAGCUGAGCUCGAAUGAUGAUGAUGACAGCAAUGAUUCCAACUACUCAAAGGAUGCCAAUGACGAUGAGCUCGACGAUGAGGAUGAUCUGAUGGCCGAUGAUGAGGAGGACGAAAUGGUGGCCGAUGAGGCAGCCGCUGUGGGUGCCACUGGUGCUGCGGCCAGCGAUGCCAACAGUAGCGGCAUGGACGACAUCAAUGCCGAGUACGAGAGUGGUGAGGACAGCGACAACUACGAGGAGGAUGGCGCCGGUUCGGACAGUGAUGUGGCCGGCAUUGCCGAUGCCUGGGAUCCCAAUGGCAGCUCCAGCGGUGCCAAGCCCCCAACCGCAAUCAAAUCGCCCGUCAUAUCCAUGUUCUCAUCCCCGGCAAGCCUAACCGAGCAGGUUGGCAGCAAACCGAUUGCAUUCAAACCCGAAGUUUCCACUGGCACCCCACAACUAUCGGCAGCUGCUGCUGCUGCUGCUGCCGCCGCUGCUGCAACUGCUGCAGCAAAUGCAGGCGUAGCAGUGGGCGCACCACCAUCGACGGCACAACCCACCUCGGAUCCGUACUUCACGCAUUUCGAUCCGCACUACGAGCACCAGAGCUACAAAGAAGCCCAACAGCGCCUUGAGGAAUCGCAUCGCGAGAAGGUCACACGUGUGAUGAAGGACUGGUCUGAUCUGGAGGAGAAGUACCAGGACAUGCGUCUCGCCGAUCCAAAGGCAGCCCAGAGUUUCAAGCAGCGCAUGACGGCACGUUUCCAGACUUCUGUUCAGGCACUCGAGGAAGAAGGCAACGCCGAGAAGCACCAACUGGCGGCCAUGCACCAGCAGCGCGUCCUCGCCCACAUCAACCAGCGCAAGCGUGAGGCCAUGACCUGCUACACCCAGGCCCUAACGGAGCAGCCACCGAAUGCACAUCAUGUGGAGAAGUGUCUGCAGAAGCUGCUGCGUGCACUGCACAAGGAUCGGGCACAUGCCCUGGCCCACUAUCGCCAUCUGCUGAAUUCGGGAGGACCGGGUGGUCUCGAGGCGGCCGCAUCAGAGCGACCACGCACGCUGGAGCGUCUAAUUGAUAUCGAUCGUGCUGUUAACCAAUCGAUGACCAUGCUCAAGCGCUACCCGGAAUUGUCUGCCAAGAUUGCACAGCUGAUGAACGAUUACAUUUUGGCGUUGCGCAGCAAGGAUGACAUACCCGGCUCCUCGCUGGGCAUGAGCGAGGAAGCAGAGGCUGGCAUCCUGGACAAGUAUCGCAUUGAGAUUGAGCGCAAGGUGGCCGAAAAGGAGCGUCUCCGUCUCGCCGAGAAGCAGCGCAAGGAACAACGCGCCGCUGAGCGCGAGAAACUGCGCGAGGAGAAGCUGCGCAUGGAGGCAAAGAAGGUCGAUGACAUGCUCAAGUCGCAGGCGGCCGAGCAACAACAGCAGCAGCAGCAGCAGCAACAGCAGCAAUCCCAGCAGCAGCAGGCCCAGCAACAACAGCAGCAGCAGCAACAGUUGCUGGACAAGAGCAAGGACCUAAAGGGUGCUAGUGGCGUCAACGGCAACGGCAAUGGCAAUGGCAACGGUGAACUGGUAACUGUGCCCAAUCUCCGACUCGACACAACAAAGAGCGAGAAGGAGCUAGUUGAUGCCGAGUAUGCCGAUGCCACGGUCAGCACCAAAGUGCAGACCGUGCUGCCAACGGUAGAUGAUGAUGCUGUGCAGCGUGCGGUGGAGGAUGUGGCCGCCGCAGUUGCCCAUCAGGAGGCUGAGCCGCAGGUGCAGCACUUCAUGACCCAUGAUCUGGGCCACCGUGAAUCGAGCUUCUCGCUGCGUCGCGAAUUUGCGCAUGCGCACGCGGCCAAGGAGGGGCGCAACGUUUACUUCACUCUCUCGUUCGCUGGUAUCGCCCUAAUGGCAGCCGUUUUUGUGGGCGUGGCCGUUGCCAAGUGGCGAACAUCGCGCUCGCCGCACGCGCAGGGCUUCAUUGAAGUGGAUCAGAAUAUGACCACACAUCAACCCAUCGUACAAGAGGAGAAAAUUGUUCCCAAUAUGCAAAUAAAUGGGUACGAGAAUCCUACCUACAAAUAUUUCGAAGUGAAAGAGUAAAUAACUAAGAGCAACACGAGAAUAAUAAGAACAUGAAAACAAGAACAACAAAUGCAUGCACCUAAACAAAGGCAACAACAAUCAGUAAAAAGCAUGGCACGUCAAUAAAACAAAUAAUAAUGAGAAAAGUAAAUGAAAUUAAUAUAAACAAAACUAAAAACAAAAUGAUUUUUUUUCGUCAAAAGGAGCGCAGUUCCGCAACGUACGUGAAAUGUAAUGCAUCUAUAUAUUAAAUUAAACAAAGAAAAAAAAACAAAAAACGGCAAGAAUAUACC